GCGAAUUGCGACACAUUCCACUGACAGUCCAUUCCUUCACGGUGUACGCAUUGCAGGUUUGACCUAGAGCCAAAGACACGUACCAUCGCUCGUGUAGCCUUAACUUGCGUUGCGUACGUGCUACUUAAUCCCAUACGUGCUCCCGGAGCGCGCGCGCACAGUACGCUCCACGAACCUCUCUAGCCACACCAUGCACGACGCCGUGGUGGCCGCCGUCCACCACACCGUCGUGGCCGGCGCCGCAGCCGCGCUCGUCGCCCUGGCCGUCGCGCUCUUCCUGCUCUGGCGCAAGAGGCGUAUGGCAGCCGCGAGAGGCCCCGCCGACGGUGCCGCAUCACCCUCAGGCUCUUCGGCCUCGACCGCGCCUCUGCCGGUGAUCCCGCUCGCCGACGUCGAGCGCGCCACGGACGGGUUCCACCCGAGCCGGGUCAUCGGGCAGGGGAGGCACUUCGCCGUGUACGCUGCGGCGCCCGGGAUCGCCGCCAAGCGAAUGCACCCGCACCUCGUCCUCGGGGAACCCGGCGGGAGGCGGUUCCCGGCCGCGGUCCGCUCGCUGGCCGUGCCGCCCCACCCCAACGUCGCCGCCGUGGUCGGCCUCUCCGAGGGUCCAGGAGAGCGCGUCAUCCUCGUCGAGCGCGCUCCCGCUGGCGCCGUCAGCCUCGACAGGGUGCUCGGCUGGGGCGACGACGAUACCCACCACGUGCCCGCGUUGUCGUGGCGCCAGCGCGCCGCGGUCGCCGCCGGUGCCGCGCGCGGGCUGGCGCACCUGCACGCGCACGGCGUGGCCCACGGCCGCGUUCGGCCGUGCAACGUCCUUGUGAGCGCCUCCUCCUCCGGCAGUGGCGGCGCGCGCUGGAGGCACGCCAACGCCACCACCAGGCUCACCGACUACGGGCUGGCCGGCUUCCUCGACCGCCGCGGCGACGACGCGCGCGCGGAGGACGACGUGUACAUGUUCGGCGCGGUGCUGCUGGAGCUGCUCACCGGGCGGCGCUGGGAUGGCGGCCGGCUCGCGGACUGGGCCCUGCCGCAUAUACGCUGCGGCGCUAGCAUGGAGGUGCUCGACGUCGUGCGGGCCGGCGCGCCGGCCGACAAGGCGGAGGCGCGGCUGCUGGCGCGGGCCGCUAGGGUGGCGCUGGCGUGCGUGGGGAACGACGGGCGCAGCCGUCCGGGGAUGGCGGAGGUGUCGGCCAUCCUCAGCGACGUGGAGGCCGCGUAUAGGCGCGGUGACGGCGCACAUGUGGGCAAGGAGGGGGAGCACGACGACGACGGCGACGAGAGUCGUCUCAGUGGAUGCCUUCUUGGCCCAAGCAGGAGCAUCCACAAGGCGGACACGCUGCUCCGGCCGCCCCCUGUGAUGUGAGGAAACCAAUCAAAGCUUCAGUUCUUUGGGAAAGUGAUGAUGACUACUAGGGUAGGAAAUGUUGCGUGCUUGUAUGAAAUUGUGCACAAUUAUUUCAGAAGCUAUUUCUUUUUUACUUUCUUUUCUUUCUAGAAAAUUGUACACUUACGGAAGAGAUCUUGGGUAGAAAUGUAGAAUGUACAGAAUAUUUGAGGAUCUGGAGGUUUCAAAUUGAGUCGACAAUUUUCGAAGAAGGAAUUUCUCCCCCAAAAAAUCAUGAACAUUUCCACCUGUUCCAAAGAGUAUUAUUGUUAAAUUCUGGAUCAUCACAUAGCAGGACAACAUCCUUUCUUCAUGGUAAUCUCGAAGGAACACUGUACCAUUGAUCAAGGGAGCUUUCAUGCAUGUCUAGCAGAAGGUCGUUGAUUCACUGUUCAAGAUCACUGGUGUCCGCUGACCGUCACCUGAACAGUUUCAGAGUUACGCAGGUGCUAGCCAGAGGCUUUGGUGACUUGCGCUGUGGGCUGGCGUUUGUGUGGAAGCCAUGGAUUUCUGUGUCAGAUUUGGCAGACAGGA